AUGAUCAAUUUAUACUUUGGGACCUUCCAGUCUUUGCUGCUUCUUUGCCUCUUUGAAUGGAGACCGAUGGCUGCUUUGGGGGGCUGGCAGCGAGUACAUGGACAUCGAAUGCUGAGGAGCAGCGGAUCAUCUUCUUCUGGGUUGGGGUCUUCAUCAUCAGCAUCUACACUAUCUCAACACCAUAAAAGAGGAGCUACCUCGGUAAAUAUAACUAGACAAAGCAAGCAAAGUAACUUACUACCAGAUGAAUCUAUUUGCCCCUACAAAGUGUUCAGUGAGGGGCAGGAGGGCUACAAGAAGGGCAUUUGUUUCAGGACCAUGGAUAGUGACUUCCGCUGUGACCAAAGAGAAUGCAAUCUGUACAAGUCAGGGAGGUCUUUGUUGGCUAACGUGUUAAGAAAUAGCAGCGUCCUCCUACAAUGGCAACCACCAGCUCCAUACCUUGCUGACCUGAAAGGGUUUUUAAUCAACUGCUCUUGGAAUGGCACUUUUACUCGUUUCCAAUGUGACAGUGUCCAGCUAGGUGUGAACUGUAGAGACUACCUCCUAACCGACGUGCAUGACAAUGUCAGGUACAGAAUCUGCCUGCAGACCCUCUUCAGUAACAGGACGUCUAUGGAAGAAUGUGUGGACUUUAGUGUGGAGCCUGUGGGGAUGCAAGAUAUUGUCAUUGCCAUGACUGCCGUUGGGGGGUCUAUAUGUGUGAUGCUGGUCAUCAUCUGCCUCUUAGUGGCCUACAUUACAGAAAAUCUGAUGCACCCCGCCUUUAUGCACCCAUCCACAAAGAGGGGGCCGUGA